GGAGAAGGCGGGAAGAUCCGAAGGCUUCUUUUGGAAGAAACUAAACCCAUUUUCUCCCUGAGAAAGAAAAAAUGGAUACAGCCAGACACACAUGCCUGAAGCUCCAGCUCUCAAACGCCGAGGACUCUAUCUUCGUCAAAGGCACUUGGUUCGAUUCUCACUUCGACCUCUUCGUUACUGAUGGCCAGCAAUCUUGGAUCUGCAAUGCUUCAGAGGAGGACGUGAGUGAGAGAGCAUCGCAGUGGGACCAACCAGUAAGUGAAUACAUCGAAUUGGCCGAGCGGUACCUAGGGUUUCAACAGCCUGGUUCGGUCUAUGGGUUUGCCGAUGCUGGUGAUGGCUCUAAAAGAUUAUCGUGGACCUUUGAGAGGGAAGGAACUAAGCUUGAAUGGCGAUGGAAAUGUCAGCCAUCGCCUAAUAGUAAGAAGACGACAGCUGGGAUCUUGGACUUCCUUAUGGAUGCAAAUAUAAGGCUAAGUGAAGAAGUUUUCAGGAAGACCCAAUCAUUCGAGCGGCUGAAAGUGGAAGCUGAGAUGUGUUUAGCACAGAGUGAGAUGUUCAACAAUGAGAAGAUGGAGUUUGAGUCUGCAAUUUAUGCCAAGUUCCUUGCGGUCCUGAACUCAAAGAAAGCCAAACUGAGGGAGCUUCGAGAUCAGCUUUCUAUGCAGAAGACAGUUGGGAAAUUGCCAGAAGAAGAUGAAGAGUUCACAGACAGAACUGAGAUCAUGGAUGACGAAAGUGAGGACAAGGAGAGUGACAAAGAAUCUCCAAAGAAACGUGAAGGCAUGUCAAAGGAUGUAGCACCAAGUAGGGCUCGUGGUCGAAAGAGGACUACCCGGAGAUAGCAUGUUAACCAAAUGGCCUUCUGCAUUAUCAUAAGCUCUAUCUGUACUUUUACUUGUGUCUCUGUCAACCUCCCAAUCCCCAAUAUCCGUAAAUAUCUUAUUAACUUUAUAUGCUCUGGUAGUUUUGAGGAUUCUGGAGGAGUGUAAGUUCAAAGGUAUCGAAUAUUAGAAGGCAGGGCAGGUAUAUUCUCUCUUCCACAUACUGCUCAUGAAAUUGUUUUCAUUCGAGUAAAUGUUACUUUUUGGCCACUU